GUGGGUCUAAUUAUCUGAUGUUUCAACCACCAUCAAAAAGAGUCAAGAGUGGUGAACCCAAACAACAACAAACUCCAGAAACUAGUGGAGAAAUCUCAGUAAAUAAAGAUCGCGAUGAUUACUCUGAUUCAGAAUCCGAUACAUCUACAGAAUUUGAUAAUGAUGAUGACCCUGAUUAUGUUUACAGCUCAGGAUCUUCAUCCUGUGAAGAAACAAAGUUUACAAAGUCAGCUCAUAAGUUGGAUAGUGACAAGAAAUUUCAUCAGUAA